AUGGCGGAAGGACGCAGAGAACAGCCGCAUCCUCUCCUUUCCUUACCACCGGCCAGCAAGCGACCCUGCCUGCGCCCUGCUCCCCGUGGUCCCGGCCCGGGGCCCGGCCACGGCAGUGGGUUGCCCAGCUCCCGGUAUCGUUCCCCGGAGUCCCUUCUGGACUGCGCCGCUAAGGCAGUAGCGGAAAAGUGGGCCUUCGAGAGAGUGGAGGAGCGCUUCGAGCGGAUCCCGGAGCCUGUCCAACGCCGCAUCGUCUACUGGUCUUUUCCCCGCAACGAAAAGGAGAUAUGCAUGUACUCUUCGUUUCAGUGCCGAGUGGCCGGCGAGGAGGGUCCGUCGGCGGCUACCGGCGGGGCUGGAGGUACGGGGUCCGGAGCUACAACCACCGGUGGUGGCGGAGGAUCUACCGCCGGUACGGCUGCUGCUACCGCGGGGGCAGCCGGAGCGGUGGGAACGGGAGACGGACUGCCUUUCCGCCGCGGUAUCAGGCUGCUGGAGACCGGCAGUGUGGAAAACGUUUUACAAGUCGGCUUUCACCUCAGCGGCACAGUAACUGAGCCCGCCACCUCAUCGGAGCCAGAGGUCACCCACAAGGUGGCCAUCAGCUUCGACCGCUGCAAGAUCACCUCCGUCACCUGCGGCUGCGGAAACCGAGACAUUUUCUACUGCGCGCACGUGGUGGCACUCUCUCUUUACCGGAUUCGCAAGCCAGAACAGGUGAAGCUGCGGUUGCCCAUCUCAGAGACAUUGUUCCAGAUGAACAGAGACCAGCUGCAGAAGCUGGUGCAGUAUCUGAUAACAGCCCACCACACAGAGGUGCUGCCCACCGCUCAGAAACUGGCUGACGAGAUCCUCUCCUCCAACUCUGAGAUCAACCAGGUCCACGGUGCUCCCGACCCAACCGCAGGUGCCAGCAUUGACGAUGACAACUGCUGGCAUCUGGAUGAGGAUCAAGUCAGGGAGCAAGUCAAACAGUUUCUCUCCCAGGGAGGAUACUAUGGCUCUGGGAAGCAGCUCAACUCCAUGUUCGCUAAGGUUCGGGAGAUGCUACGAAUGCGAGACUCCAACGGUGCUCGGAUGCUGACGCUCAUAACGGAGCAGUUUAUGGCGGACCCUCGGCUGUCGCUAUGGAGACAGCAGGGCACGGGCAUGACGGACAAGUGUCGGCAGCUUUGGGAUGAGCUGGGUGCAUUGUGGGUAUGCGUGGUGCUCAACCCCCACUGCAAGAGCGAGGAGAAGACCGGCUGGCUGAAGCAGCUCAAGAAAUGGGGCGACAUGGACGUGUGCCCGCUGGAGGACGGCAACUACGGCAGCGAGCUUCCCAACAUCACCAACGCUCUGCCGCAGAGCAACCUCGCACAGGAUUCUCUAUCCAGGCCGCGGAGGACAGUGUUCACCCGGGCGGUGGAGGCCUGUGACCUCCACUGGCAGGACAGCCACCUGCAGAGGAUCAUCAGCAGCGACUUCUACAUGUCUCCAUCCUACCAGAGAGAGGGAGAGAGCUUGCUGUUUAACCCACAGGGUCUGCCGCUCUGGCUAGACCACGUCCCGACGGCAUGCGCCCGUGUCGACGCUCUGCGUUCCCACGGUUACUCCAGGGAAGCCCUGCGAUUGGCUGUCGCCAUCAUCAACACACUCCGCCUCCAACAGCAGAGACAGAUGGACAUCUACAAACACCAAAAGAAAGAGCUUCUCCAGAGGGGCGUCACCUCUACCACCAACCUGGAAGGCUGGGUGGGUCAUCCCUUAGACCCGAUUGGUUGUCUGUUUACCACGCUGACAGAAACCUGCCGUGUGGAUGACGACAACAACAUGGACACCGGAGAUGACUCCAGGCCUCCAGUCUACCAUCAUGUACCUGUGUGGGGCAGUCAUAAUGGGGGGGAGUCCUACCUGACUCUGGCCUUAGAGGUGGCUCUGAUGGGUAUGGGCCAACAAAGGAUAAUGCCUGAGGGCCUGUACGCUCAGGAUAAGGUGUGUCGUAACGAGGAGCAGAUUGUGGCAAAGCUCCAGGAACUGGAACUGGAUGACCUUCUGGUUCAGACCCUUCGGAAACAGGCCAUUCAGCUACUAGAAGCUGGUCCAUUCAGCGGUCUAGGUGAGGUCAUCCACAGGGAGAGCGUUCCCAUGCACACCUUCGCAAAGUACCUCUUCUCAGCCCUGCUGCCACACGACGCAGACCUGGCGUAUAAAGUGGCUCUUCGUGCAAUGAGGUUGCCAGUGUUGGAAUCAUCGGGAGGCUCCGGGGAUGUGGGCCACCCUCAUCAUGGCAUCUCCAUAGUUCCGAGCAGAUAUCCACGCUGGUUCACGCUUGGACACCUGGAGUCACAGCAGUGCGAGCUAGCUUCCACCAUGCUCACUGCUGCUAAAGGUGACAUGUUGAGGUUGCGGACGGUGCUGGAAGCCAUCCAGAAAAACAUCCACUCCUCUUCCUUAAUCUUCAAACUGGCCCAGGAUGCCUUCAAGAUAGCCACACCCGCAGACAACCCGCCUGAUAUAACUCUGCUCAACGUGGCACUGGAGCUAGGACUGCAGGUGAUGAGGAUGACUCUGUCUACUCUGAACUGGAGGAGGAGAGAGAUGGUUCGCUGGCUGGUAACCUGCGCCACUGAAGUCGGUCUGCGGGCGCUAGUGAGCAUCUUACAGAGCUGGUACACUCUCUUCACGCCGACUGAGGCCACCAGCAUCGUGGCGGCCACCGUCAUGUCCCACAACACCAUCCUUCGCCUCAGCCUCGACUACCCACAGCGCGAGGAGCUGGCCAGCUGUGCGAGGACCCUGGCCCUGCAGUGCGCCAUGAAGGACCCCCAGAACUGCGCCCUGUCGGCUCUGACGCUCUGCGAGAAGGACCACAUCGCCUUCGAGACAGCUUACCAGAUUGUGAUUGACGCAGCGAGUACAGGGAUGACGUACUCCCAGCUGUUCACCAUCGCCAGGUACAUGGAACACAGAGGAUACCCACUGCGGUCGUUCAAGUUGGCCUCCCUCGCCAUGACCCACCUUAACCUGGCUUAUAACCAGGACACACACCCAGCUAUUAAUGACGUGCUCUGGGCCUGCGCGCUCAGCCACUCUCUGGGUAAAAAUGAGCUCGCAGCCAUUAUUCCCCUGGUGGUGAAGAGCGUGCACUGCGCCACGGUGCUGUCUGACAUCCUGCGGCGGUGCACCAUGACAGCACCAGGUCUCGCCGGCAUUCCCGGGAGAAGGAACUCUGGGAAGCUUAUGUCAACAGACAAGGCGCCGCUGCGGCAGCUCCUGGACGCCACAAUCUCGGCGUACAUCAACACCACGCACUCUCGACUGACGCACAUCAGUCCGCGGCACUACGGAGAGUUCAUAGAGUUCCUGAGCAAAGCGCGGGAGACUUUCCUGCUGGCACAGGACGGCCACAUUCAGUUUGCCCAGUUCAUAGACAACCUGAAACAGAUCUACAAGGGCAAGAAGAAACUAAUGAUGUUGGUCAGGGAGCGCUUCGGCUGACCUUUGACCUUACUGACCUUAACCCCAUCCCCUCCCCCCGUCACAGGGACCCUCUUCUUGGGAAGUAGUUUGACUUAUUUGUUUCUAUUUAAGGUUUUUGGAUUUCUUGUAUUUUUACUUCUUAUGUUGAGCCAUUUGUUGACUAAGUCUUAAGUUUUUGUCCUGUUUUGUUGUUUUGUUUCUUGAAUGUGAACCAGGAAGUGUUCGCAGUACAUUGCUCUACUUCAUUGAGACUGCAAAAAGGGGGAAAACUUGAUAUGUCAAAGAACCAACAACUAAAACGCAGCAA